CUCACCAUGAAGGUACUGAUCUAUGACCCCUCUAGUGAAACAGGAGAAAGAGAAGGAGAAGAAGAAGAAAAAUAAAAGAAAAUAAAAAACCGCUCACACACCCCUCCAGGACAUUCUCAUCGCCGACAGGUACCGCGUUGAUCACAAGAUUGGUGCAGGAGGCUUCGGCCUCGUCUAUUCCGGGACUGAUCUUUAAUCGGGCGAGGAGGUCGCCAUAAAGCUCACACAUGUCCGAGCUGGCCCGGACAUGCCUCAAGGCGAGAAGGAGACCUACGAGGCGUUGGAGGGCGGGGUCGGAAUCCCACGCAUACACUGGUUUGGUGACGAGGGCGACUUCUACAUACUGAUCCUCGACGCCCUCGGCCCGUCGCUCGAGGAUCUCUUCAACUACUGCGGCCGGAGGUUCUCGCUCAAGACCAUCCUCCUCAUCGCCGACCAGGCCCUCUCCCGCAUCGAAUAUGUUCAUUCGAAGGGCUUCCUCCAUCGUGAUAUCAAGCCGGACAACUGUCUGCUGGGGGUUGGGAAGCAGGGAAACACGCUUUACAUCAUUGAUUUCGGCCUCGCCAAGGAGUUUAGUGACGCCGAGUAUCACAGGGAUGUCGAAGGCCUCCCAUUGGGCGGCACGAGGCGGUACGCGAGCAUUAGCAAUCACAAUGGCCGCGAGCAGUCCUGGGGCGACGACCUGGAAUCCCUUGGAUAUAUUUUCGUCUAUUUCGCCCGCGGCUCGCUGCCAUGGCAGGGCCUGCAGGUUGCCACGCAGUACGAGAGGAACAUGCGGAUCAAGGACAUGAAGGAAAGCCUGUCAGGCGAAGCGCUCUGCGACGGCUUCCUCCCCGGAGAAUUCGCCACCUACAUCAACUACACCCGGGGUCUGGCUUUCGACGACAAGCCGGACUACCCGUACCUCCGCACCCUUUUUAGCCGUCUUUUCCGAGAACAGGGCUUCGAAUAUGAUAACGUCUUCGAUUGGACCCCAAAGCUGUUCGACGAGAUGCAGACCAAGGUCAAUCACACGGCGCCAUCAACGCAGAUUCGUCACCCAGACCCGGACGCAGAUUUCGCAGAUAUGAGCUCCCAAACGAAAGAGGUCGGAGAAGCACAUUAAGUGAGCGAGUCGUUACCAAUUACCAGUGGACCCUUCUUGGCGGGCCUUCUUCUAGAUAUAAGGAUCCGAGGUCCUUUACAUGCCAUGGGGCAUGUCGGCGCAACGCCAGACGUCUGCCGCUAUAAUAGCAAGAUCCAAACUCCCCAGGGGCUUGUCAAACCUAGGAAUUUGGCAGAAACUCCUUGGUAUACAAAUACUAAUCAUUCAUUCUGCAUGUACUUAGUUAUCAGCACCGGCAUGUUGCCGUUAUUGACCCGUAGGUGGUCUAUUAUUCGUCCAUUUUACCCGUCGCCUUGAAAAGCCC